AGAAGAGGAAGAGCAGGACCAGGAGCGUCCAUACGCACUCAACAUACUCUACUCUCUUUCUCUCUCACAAAUUUUCCAGGCUGCUUCUGUGCCGCCUCCACAAGCAUCUUUUAUACUCAUACGAUACCACCUAAAAUAAAGCUCAAAAAUGUAGUUCGUAUGUUGUUUGCCAUAUGUAUCAUAAUUCCUUUCAAUUUUAUGUUUUUUUUUGUUUUUACCUUUUUCGAUCGAAGAGUUGAAAGAUAUCUCGAACUGAUGCCGACGUAGCCGCCAGGCGGUUCUCCUCGCCGGAUCGACGUAGCCGCCAGGAGGGCCGCCCCCGUCCUCGGCUCUGCAUAGAAGAAGCAACAGGCACGGGAAACAAGAACAUAGCUUGCGAAUACGCGAAUAGAUGGGACGCGGUGAAGGAUCGAUCUGCUUACGUUUCUUCACUAUCAAACGCAAAACGCAUCGCACUAGUAUAAAUCGCAUGACAAAUUCUGUCAGCAUGAAAAAUGGAAUUUGUAAUGCGGAUUUGGGUUAGGAGGGAGAUUUGUAAUGCACGAUUGCGAUUAGGAUUGCUACGAGUACGAUACUUUUGCAGUGCAUAAGCAUAUCCACCUCCUCCCACCUACAACCUCGAGGACAGCCUCCGGGUCUUCAUUUACGGACGUGUCAGAAUCGAAAUCGUCAAAGUUGAAAUAACUUAUAAUGCAUAAAAUCGAUACCAGUUGGAAGCCCAAUCUCCAAGCGGCGCAUGACAAAUCUCGGCGCCGUCUAAAUCCAGUCUGUCAUGCUGUUUAGGGACAGAAGGCGUCUUUUGUCAUGCUACCGUAGCAGCUCUAUCUCAGAUCCCAAACAGGCUGACAGUCGGCCUCACUUUCCAUCCCUGCAAGAGAGGCACCUCAUGCCUUACAAUUUAUGCAUGAGAAAUUAUGUCAACUUUGACGAUUUCGAUCCUGACACAUCCAUAUCAUGCACCUGGGGCUUGGUUUGGACGAGCACGACCGAGGGCCACGACGAGAAUGUGCUGUUCAGUACCGCGCCGGGGCAGUUUCGACGUGGUUCUUGGGCAGCUUGCGCUAGUUUUGCUGCUUCCGUGUUUAUCUUGAGCAAAAAUGUCUUCACGUUCGCCCCAUAGUUGCCAUAUUGCAGAUCAUUUGCAUACAGUACAGGAGGAACGCCAACAACAACGUACUUAGUUUGUAAUGCGCAUAAAAACUUCUAUGAGAGGAACUUCAAUUUCUAGUCGUCGUGUAGUUUUGGCAUAAAUUUUUGUAUAUGCUGUAAACAGGAUUUGUUGAGCUGAUAAAAAAUUUGUGAUGAUGCGGCUGAUGCCCUCACCAAGAAACUGCACUAGUACACUACGGACUGCAAGAACAAACAAGUAGUUGUCAUGCGUCGUGAUGGCCACAAAAUUAAAAUCAUCUAGGUUGAAUUAUAUUGUGCUGCAAAAUUAAUUCUCUCUAUCCCUGGGGACGUCGUUUUUACUCAGGAUAACCGUUCUUCUUUUUUCUGACCGAGGCCGUGGUUCUGAUGACCCGAACCAUAUUGAAAGGAAAAACUCCCCCUCUCCAUAUUGAAAAGGUAUGUUUCCGAAAAUUUGCGUUGCUGAUUUGAGGCCACAAGUCUUCACAUUUGUCUUGCAAGAAGACAAGGGCAGGAGAGGCCUCCGCCACAUUAUGGAGGCGAUUUGUCAUGCUGUUGGGCCUAAAGGGGAGCCGUUUGCCAUGCUAAAGGAGACCCAUGCGCCCCUAUCCAGCCUGGGGAUCUGGCCGCAAUGCCUCCCUGCAAUACAAAGCUGAUUGGUGUGCGCAAAUCUAUCCAGCAUCAGAAAUUCCCUUUUGAUAUGGGGAGGGGGGAUUUUUCCUUUCGAUAAACCAACGGAACUACGGAGGCGACGGAAGAUGUUCCUGCAAGAAGAGAUGUCGAAAAAGUUACGACUACAACGUCAACGGCCACGACGGGCGUAUGGAAGCGUCAGGAUGAUCGAAAUCGACAAAGUUGGUAUAGUUUGUCAUGCAGAAAACGCAACGCAAAAACUAAAACUGCCCCUAUUGCAGAGGACGCAAGAUAGGAGGCGGAUUGUAGUGCUGGCAGGGUCGCCAAUUGAUGGGCUGCUGGUGCUGCCUACCUCCAUGACAAAGGGGAGCCCUUAUUUUGUCCCAAACAGCAUCACAGACGUGCUUCAGAGGAAAACAAAACUUGUCAUGCGCCGACUAUAUACUCUGAGCCCAACUGGUAUCGAUUUUAUUAUGCGUCACAAACUAAAACUAUCUCAACUUUGACGAUUUCGAUCCUGACACUCGCAUAGGACGGAGGCGGAAAUUAUAAAGGUGGCCCAACCUCAACUCCAAGAACUCCGGCGACAACUACUACCGAUGUUGGAACCACUUUUACAGGAAUAUUGGACCACCAAGUACUACCGAAGUGGAAGUUGGGACCAGUAUCCUGUGUAAAAACGUCCCCACCCGAAGUUUCUGUGUGCUUUAUUUUGGCCUUUUUCCAGUAGAUAAACACCCCACAGUCAAGUUGGGGAAUCUGGCAGACCAAUCAACAAGCUUGUUUGGCCGUUGCGCAUGACAAGUCUGGCCUCGUAGUCGUGUCGUGAUCCUGUUGAUUAGCUAGAUCAGCAGCGUCACAGAUCUAGCGCAUCGCGCUGGUUGGAGUGUGACAAAUUCCGAAAAACGACUAGAGAUUACGUCUCAUGGCGCCCCGCAUGAGAAAUAUCUUCAGCAUGCCGAUUUGCAUUGCAGCUGUGGGGUGAGGCCGUUUUUCCAUAGGAGAGCCGGCUCCUCCUGCGCUUCCCAGAAGCCUCACGCCUCCCGGGCGGUUUGUUCCAACAAGCGUAAAAAAGAAGAGGGACGAAGAAAGAAAAAAAGUAAUAGAACGCUUACCGCGAAGUCAAUCCGUCGAUUAUGGUAUCCCCGCUACAAGGUAUGACGCAGUGUUUGUGUCGCCGGCUUUUAUGAAGAAGAGGAUGGAAGUGCUGGAAAAGCUGGUGGUCAAGGCGUACUACGCAUUGCAAAAGUAAUAUCGUAGUAGUUAGAAUAAAGAACAGCAGCACAUCAAAUAUAAAUUCGGAUUCGGCAGGAACAAGAAAAGUGGAACUUGUAAAAGUCAUGCUGUUUCAGGUUAUAAUUUGGAAAGAGAUUUCAGAUUUGUCAUGCAUGAUGUUGACGGCAAUUAUUUAUACGAGUGCGUUGCUUUUGCAAUGCAUACUUACACCUGGGAUCCAGUCGUGCUGUCCUCGUCGACCGGAAGCGAGGGGUCAACAGAAGCCGAGCUAUCAUAAGGGAAAACGCCCCCUCCCCAUAUCGAAAAUGCGCGCCUCAGAAAAUUUGUAAUGCUGCUCUGUGACGACCACAAGUCGCGUCUGUCUUGCAAGAAAGCAACGCCACAGGCUUCGCCCCAUUUAUUACGCAGGCGGUUUGUAAUCAUGCUGCUGGGCCUCCAGCGUAGGCGUUCCGCGUGCUAAGUGGCGAGGCCGAAGCCCCUCACAGACGCUCUACUCUACUGGUCGAUGAUAUGGGCCCGGCGCAGUCCUCUCCUGCAAGACAAAACUGAUUUGAUUGCGCGCGCAAAUUUAGCAUCGGAAGUUUUGGCUUGUUCUGGGGAGGGGGGAUCAUUUAUUUUCCUUCUGAUACGAGCCGAAGGUGGAAGAUGUCAGAGCGGUCAUUAGGCAAUAUCUUCGUACUAUGGAAGCGUCCGGAGUAUCGAAAUCGACAAAGUUUUUCGAAAACUUUGCGAUUCACAAAAUGGGCCGCGGCCGUGCCGGUCAGAUUGGUUGAACAAACCCAAUUUGUGCCAAGCGACGCGUGACAAAUUUUCCGUUGACCGCCGGAACUACUUCGUCAUGCUGUGUGGGCAAAAAUAAAGACCUCGUCUGUCGUCGUCGGGCUAGAUAGUAGUACUUUAGCAGGAGCCCUAAUAUCUCCAACCUCAACCGGGCCACCACUCGUUGCCGCGUGGUGCCUUCCAAUAUAAGUAUAGGAUACUUGUUUAUUCUUGGGCUGUACUAUUGCAUUUCAUGCAUCACAAAAUUUUUAUUUUUCAGCUUUGGCGAUUUCGAUUCUUUCUGACGCUUCCAUACGUGCGCAGCUUAUCCUGAGUAAAAACGUACCCACACCAGAGUCAGGAUGGGGAUUUUGCAACACAAACCUAGGAGCUUUAGGAGUCACGCAUGACAAGUUUCAGUCCAUAAGGUAGUGCAAGUUAGCAAGGAAAGCCGCAUCACAAAUCGACGCUCUGAUCCUGUUUACAGCAUUACAAGUUCCCAAACACGAUUGAAAAUGCCUGUCAUGAGGUUGCGCAUCACAAAUGUUCCUGUCGUGGCAAAUCUGCAUGACAACUCUGGGGUGGGGAUGUCUUUGCACAGGAUACAGCUCGCGGAAUUGGUAA